AUGGAAGAACUAGUUCGUGUGAAUGCCAAGCAGCUUUUCGGAAGCGAUGGCACCGGAGAGGGAAAAAGGAUGAGCAGAAGCCUUCGCCGAUUCAUCAGCAGCAACUUCACUGAUGGGCAGCGCAACCUUGACGAUGUCAGCUCGAUGUCUCCAUCUCCCUCAGCAAUGUCCACGUUACCUGGCGAUGAUGACAAGGAAGGAAUCUCCCCGGAGGCGAAGCUCGAUCGUCGAGCCAUUAGGUUGACCCUGCCUGUGGGUGCAGCACCAACAUCGCCUGAGAGUGAGCCUCAUUCGGGAAAUAACAGCCCGGAUAGAUCUCCUUCCCGCGAGGUCAUUUUUUCAGAAUCCAGUGUGCUAGUCAACUCAGGUGCUGCUCAGAACUGGAUUUUAGACACCCUCGGAUUGCAUGAGCGCACGGGUCGCCGCUCUUUGCUUGCCUUGGCAGAGUCUUUGGUGGUUCCAAAAGCCGAAGUUCUGGGGACCACCGACCGAACGAUGCGUCGUUUUGUUACAGAGCUCCACCGGAAAUAUGAGGAGCACCAAAAUCCAUUCCACAACGAAGCACAUGCAGCAGUCGUGUGCCACUCUACGCACUGGCUUGGAAUGCGAAGCAAAGCAUACACAGCCAUGGGCGAGAACUUGCAUGUGGCUACUGACAUUGCAGCCUUAGCGCAUGAUGUUGGCCACUUUGGCCGAAACAAUGCGUUUUGCUCCAGUGCUAGCCACGAUUUGGCCUUGAUCUACAACGAUCGGGCUAUCCUAGAGAACAUGCAUUCGGCAACGUGCUUCCAGAUUAUGAAGACCCUGGGCUGUGACAUCCUGGCAGCUUCGUCUAGGGAAAACCGCCGCCUCUACCGAGACCACAUUGUUAGUCUGAUCUUGGCCACUGAUAUGGCCACGCAUUUCGACUUCCUGGGAAAGUUUCGGGUAAGAGUUGCUGGAUCAGAGUUCAACUUGCAGGACAAUGCUGAGGAUAGACGCAUUGUCACACAUUGCUACCUCAAGGCAGCUGACCUUGGUCAUGCAGCCCUUCCUUUCGACAUGCACGAACGCUGGGCUUUCAGACUGCUUAACGAGUUUUAUGAGCAGGGUGAUGAAGAGCGACAGCUUGGAAUUCCAGUGUCACCGAUGUGCGAGCGCUCUGGAAAUGUGGCAGACUUUCGGGAGUCCCAGAAGGCUCCGAUUGUUUGGGAUUGUUGA